ACUAAUGGUCAGGACUUCACCCGUCAAAAUUAAAAAAAGACAGCAAAAUUUUGCCCAGAAAACAUCCUAAGGAUAACUUCCUUUUCAAACAACAAUAGAUAUCGUACCUUAAUUCCUCUGCAGUUCCACACUUGAAAUUUCAAAUUCAUUAUUCCAAACAUUUGAUCUGUCUGUUCGGAAUUUCGCUGAACAUUUUUCUUGCAGAGAAUCCAUAUCCAAUUCUCGAGAAUGUCUUUGCGCCCAGGUACCCGAACUGACGCACGGAAGAAGUCGUACAAGAUCGGAGUGGAUGGCGAUGAAGCGCGGCGGCGCAGGGAGGACAACCUGGUCGAGAUCAGGAAGAGUAAGCGCGAGGAUAACCUUCUCAAGAAGCGUCGCGAGGGUCUCGUUUCAUCCCAGCAUGCUCUUGAUGCUACUCAAAACCCAGCUUCUGUUGAGAGACGGCUUGAAAGCAUUCCAUCGAUGGUCCAAGGGGUUUGGUCAGAGGAUCCAUCUGCACAAAUUGAAGCUACUACACAAUUCAGAAAGCUGCUGUCAAUUGAGCGCAGCCCUCCAAUUGAUGAGGUGAUUAAAGCAGGAGUUGUCCCAAGCUUUGUACAUUUUCUUGAAAGGAGUGACUUACCCCAAUUGCAAUUUGAAGCUGCUUGGGCAUUGACAAAUGUCGCAUCUGGGACAUCAGAACAUACAAGGGUUGUCAUUGAACAGGGUGCUGUUCCUAAGUUUAUACAGCUUUUAAAUUCACCCAAUGAUGAUGUUCGUGAGCAGGCUGUCUGGGCUUUGGGCAAUGUUGCUGGUGAUUCCCCAACCUGUAGGGAUCUGGUUCUUGGUCAUGGUGCACUCUUACCAUUGCUAGGUCAGUUAAAUGAGCAUUCAAAGCUUUCUAUGUUGAGAAAUGCUACAUGGACUUUGUCAAACUUCUGUCGAGGCAAGCCACCAACCCCAUUCGACCUGGUCAAAGCUGCAUUGCCAGUUCUUCAGCAACUAAUCCAUAUGAAUGAUGAAGAAGUUUUGACAGAUGCUUGUUGGGCACUUUCGUAUCUAUCGGAUGGACCAAAUGAUAAGAUUCAAGCAGUAAUUGAGGCAGGUGUAUGUCCACGGCUGGUAGAGCUUCUGCUUCACCCAUCAGCUACAGUUCUGAUACCUGCUCUUAGAACGGUUGGGAAUAUUGUAACCGGUGAUGAUGUUCAAACACAGUUUGUAAUUGACAACCAAGUGCUCCCGUGUCUGUAUCAACUUCUUACUCAAAAUCACAAGAAAAGCAUCAAGAAAGAAGCUUGUUGGACAAUAUCUAAUAUCACUGCUGGAAAUAGAGAUCAAAUACAGGCAGUUAUUGAGGCAUCUAUCAUUGUUCCUUUGGUACACCUCCUACAAAAUGCAGAAUUUGACAUCAAGAAAGAGGCUGCAUGGGCUAUCUCUAAUGCCACCUCUGGAGGCUCUCAUGAUCAAAUUAGGUUCCUGGCAAGUAACGGCUGCAUUAAGCCGCUCUGUGAUCUCUUGUUAUGUCCAGAUCCAAGAAUUGUUACUGUGUGCCUUGAAGGGCUGGAGAACAUUUUGAAGGUAGGCGAGGCGGACAAAGAAAUGGGAUUGAACGGUGGCGUCAAUUUAUAUGCACAGAUGGUUGACGAAUGUGAAGGACUAGACAAAAUUGAGAAUCUCCAAACUCAUGACAACAAUGAGAUAUAUGAAAAGGCUGUGAAAAUCUUAGAGAAAUACUGGGCUGAGGAAGAUGGUGAUGAACAACAGCAUAACCUUCCUGAUGGUGGUGAUGCAAAUCAGCAGCAUGGCUUUAGCUUUGGGAACAACCAACCUAAUGUUCCUGCAGGCGGUUUUAAAUUUGGGUAGGAGAAAUUGCUUGCCUAUUUUCUUUGUUUUUUUUUUUAUAAUAUGGCAUAUAGGCUCUUACUUUUUUUUUAAUUCUCUGGGAGAAUGUCAUCCUUUCGAUUUGUCUUUAUAACUUGUAACUCGAGAACCAAUGGAUGAUGUCUAGGAUUUGAUAGUGUCAAAUCAUUAUACUGUAAUGUGUUUCCUGUUAUUAACAUAUAUACGUAUACAUGUUAAUGUGUUUACAAGCGUAAACGGAAAAAAAUCGAUCUCCUUUGAACGAA